GGGCGUGCUGUGGGAGCCAGGCUUCCCAGGAGGAAGGGACACUUCCCCAGGAAAAGCCGCCUAAAAAGCACCGGCUCCCCCAGACUCUCCGAGCGCGCAGCCAUCUCCGCCUGCCUCCCGGUGCCGCGGCCCAGCCAUGCCCCCUCAGAUGCAGGACAACGCGAACCCCGCCGCCCAGGUGGUCCGGGGGAGCCUGGAGGCCCUGGCCCCCGCCGUCCGCGACUUCGUGGAGAGCCACGCCCGGCUGUGCCGGCCGGACAAAAUCCACAUCUGCGACGGCUCCGAGGAGGAGAACAGGGCCGUCCUCGACGGCAUGGCGGAGCAAGGCAUGGUCCGGAAACUGAGGAAGUACGAGAACUGCUGGUUGGCCCUUACGGACCCCAGAGAUGUGGCCAGGAUUGAAAGCAAAACGGUCAUCAUCACCCAGGAGCAGAGAGACACGGUCCCCAUCCCCCCGACGGGCAUCAGCGAGCUGGGGCGCUGGAUGUCGGAGGAGGACUUUGAGAAAGCCUUCAAUGCCAGAUUUCCAGGAUGCAUGAAAGGCCGAACAAUGUACGUCAUUCCCUUCAGCAUGGGCCCCAUUGGCUCUCCUCUGUCAAAGAUUGGCAUUGAACUGACAGACUCCCCCUAUGUCGUGGCCAGCAUGAAGAUCAUGACCCGAAUGGGAACACCAGUUCUAGAAGCACUGGGAAAUGGGGAAUUUGUAAAAUGCCUCCAUUCCGUGGGCUGCCCUCUACCUUUAAAAAAACCUUUAGUCAACAACUGGGCCUGUAAUCCAGACCUGACCCUCAUUGCUCACAUUCCUGAUCGCCGAGAGAUCAUUUCCUUUGGAAGUGGAUAUGGUGGAAACUCCCUCCUGGGAAAAAAGUGCUUUGCCCUCAGAAUAGCAAGCAGGAUUGCUAAGGAAGAAGGCUGGCUUGCUGAACAUAUGCUGAUCCUGGGCAUCACAAAUCCUGAGGGUAAGAAGAAGUACUUUGCUGCAGCUUUUCCUAGUGCCUGUGGGAAGACCAAUUUGGCAAUGAUGAAUCCAACGCUCCCAGGAUGGAAAGUUGAAUGUGUUGGUGAUGAUAUUGCUUGGAUGAAAUUUGAUAAGCAAGGCAAUUUAAGGGCUAUUAAUCCAGAAAAUGGAUUUUUUGGAGUGGCUCCUGGAACUUCUGUGAAAACCAACCCCAACGCCAUUAAGACCAUUCAGAAGAACACUAUUUUUACCAAUGUAGCAGAAACAAGUGAUGGGGGUGUUUACUGGGAAGGUAUUGAUGAACCUUUAGGCCCAGGCGUGACACUAACAUCAUGGAAAAACAAGGAGUGGACUCCAGAGGAUGGGGAGCCUUGUGCCCAUGCCAAUUCCCGAUUCUGCACUCCAGCAAACCAGUGCCCCAUUAUUGACCCUGCCUGGGAAUCUCCAGAAGGAGUUCCAAUCGAAGCCAUUAUCUUUGGAGGCCGGAGACCUGUUGGUGUACCUCUGGUCUAUGAAUCCAUGAACUGGCAGCAUGGAGUGUUUGUUGGGGCCUCAAUGAGGUCAGAAGCAACAGCAGCUGCUGAGCACAAAGGCAAAGUCAUCAUGCAUGAUCCUUUUGCUAUGAGACCUUUCUUUGGCUACAACUUUGGGAAGUAUCUGGCUCAUUGGCUCAGUAUGGCGCAGCGCCCGGCAGCUAAACUGCCCAAGAUCUUCCAUGUCAACUGGUUUCGGAAGGACAAAGAAGGCAAAUUCCUCUGGCCAGGAUUUGGCGAGAACUCCCGGGUCCUGGAAUGGAUCUUCAAUAGGAUCAGUGGAGAAGACAAUGCUAAGCUCACCCCCAUCGGUUACAUCCCUUCUGAAGAUGCCUUCAAUCUCAAGGGCCUGCCAGAUGUCAAUAUGACAGAGCUCUUCAGCAUCUCCAAGGAGUUCUGGGAGAAGGAGGUGGAGGACAUUGAGAAGUACUUUGAAGUGCAAGUCAAUGCUGACCUUCCUUACGAAAUUGAGAAGGAAGUCAAUGCUCUUAAGCAAAGAAUAAGCCAGAUGUAAUCAGGCUGGCAUGGAGUAUUUGUAAUGUCUGUUUGCUUUUUGGAGUGGGGGAGGAAAUGAUGAUGUUUCCAAUUCAUAAAAUACGUAGCCAGGUAAAUGAACAGACACUGAGGGUAGAACCAUAAUAAAUGCACUGGGGUAGCACUAUAAUGAAUGCACAGAUGGGCCUGGUAGUAACUCUGAAAAGCAUGACUUAAUUAUUCAUAUAAGGUGUUAACUUAAGAGAUUGGGAGGGAAAAAUCUUAGUCAUAUCUCCAUUAUUCUACCUAGUGAAUUUUCUCUUGUACUUUUAAGACCAUAUAGACAUUAGUCCUUAUUCUUCUUAACAAUAUCACGGGGGACUAUGAAAUUCAGAAAGAAAAAAAUACUUGAUGUAUAUAUGUAUGUUUGUGUGUGUCUGUGUGUAUGUAUUAUUAAAACAUAUUUAACAUCUUAAAAAAUUCUUUGGAAAGAUUACUGGUUAGUCUUUACUAGAAUGAAAUGCCACUAUUAAUAACAUAUCUAUAUAAAUUAUUUUUGUACACUAUUCCUUACAUUUAUUAUGAUUUCUAAUUUUUGGCAUGACCUGUUCUAUAAAAUUAUUCAAUAAAUUUUUUGUA